AUGAACGAUACGACGAUCGUCCAAUUCCCAGCAGGCGAGUACUGGUUUGGUUCAUGGAGCGGAAUUCCUCGUUCAGAGCAAAUCUUAGAAAAAGAGCAAGUUUACUACCAAAAGGAAGUUCCUGUCGCCGCCACAGUUCUAAAUGAUGGAGAGAGAUGGGCUUGGACGGCAGUCUUAGACGAUAAUUUGAAUUGGCUUGCUAAGACAGAAGCAGAAUGUCAACACGGUAUUUUUCACAAAUCACUGGAGAACGGAAAAGAUUCGGGACCGCUCGAUGGGUCGUGGCAUACGUUUGACCAGCCUGUCCAAGUCACAAUAUUUCCAGGCGCUAAUGGAGAGAAGAAUUGUUUUUUUGCUCUACGUGUUGAAAAUACAAAUGGAUUUGUUUGGGGAGUAGACACGUCCGCAUUUCAUUGGGUUAUUGUAGAACCUCAAGAUGUUCGAAAUGACAAAGCAGGCAUACAACGAAUAGGAGAAAAACUUGGAGUUAAGAAGUGUAUCAAACAGUGUGAGAUUAUGAUUGAUCUUCACAAGCGUGGAUUUUAUCAUGAGCCAGAUCCUGCAAAAGAGAUACAAGAAAAUGAGCAGUAUAUUAAAUGGUUACAAGAGAAGUUGUGA